AUGUACGGGAUUCUUCUGGAAAGUGUCCAGCAUUUCCUUACGGAGAAAUUCGGUGAGGCUAAAUGGAACGAGAUUCGAGAGCGUGCUGGAAUAUGCAAUCACAUGUUUAUUACGCAUAAGCAAUACAGUGAAAGCUCGAUGACGAAAAUUGCUGACACUGCCGCCGAAAUACUCGGAGAAGAGACUGACAUGUUAAGUGACGACUUUAUGCAAUAUUUUGGCACUUGUUUCGUGAAAUUCUUUAGUCACUAUGGAUACGAUCGUGUCAUCAAAGUAAGCGGCCGCUGCCUCCGAGAUUUUCUGAUAGGAAUUGACAGCUUACACGAGCACAUGCGCUUCGGUUAUCCACAGCUUCAGUCCCCGAGUUUCUUUUGUGAGGAAGAAACAAGCUCUGGGCUAAUUUUGCACUACAUUUCCAAACGGAAGAGGUUUAUGUUCUACGUGGUUGGUCAAAUCAAAGAAAUCGCGUCUCAGUUCUAUAACAUGGACGUGGAUGUAAAAGUUCUAGGCAACGAAGUCGUCAAUAAUACAACUCACGUUGUCUACCGCUUGGGUUUUGACAAUUCUGGGUACAAACCUCCGGCUCCAGACUUACUAUCCAUUAAGAGCCAGCAAGGUAUCAACGUGAAGAUUUUUUUCAGUAUAUUUCCUUUCAGUUUUGCCUUGUCGCAAGAUAUGACAAUCAAUAUGGCUGGACACGGAAUUAUAGCUUCUGUGGGAAAUCGUAUCAUCGGAAACGACAUCAGAGAGUUUUUCAUUAUGAGAAGACCACAAGCCGAGUUCACAUGGGAAACGGUUAGUAUGAUAAAAUGGUGUGUUGUUUGCCGCAAAAGCAUACAUUUAAAAGAGGCCUGUCACUUUGAAUAAGAUUCUGAGGCCAUUACCGGUACCCUAUACCCAGAGUAGCUAAUUUAAAAUAAAACAUAUGAUUGACAUCGCUUUGUUUCCCCCUGAAGUCGAUGAAGAGUUAGUUCCUGAGUUCUUGAACGAGAUCGAGAGUUCUUUUUCAGUUUACAAUUGAGCUACUUACAGUGCGGAUACUCAAACCAGGACACUUCUGAGAAUUAAGAUUGUGCAAUCACAACGUUUUCUGAAAACAAAAGUUUUUUGCAAACGGACCAAUAAUAUUAAGUUUAAAGAUUUCAACGGUUGCAUAGUUGAACCUAGAAUUUUACUGGUCCGUUUGCAAACAAAAAAAAAAAGGAGAGUAAGAAUUGAGAAUCCUUUGUUUUCAGAAAACGUUGUGAUUAGACAAUCUUCUUUUAAGAGUGACGGUUUUAAGAGCCCCACAGUAGCCUGCGUUGCAGGCGCUUGGUAAAAGUGGGCGCAAGAAAGAACGAGCGCGCGAGAGAGAGGCACACGAGUGCCCCUUUCUCCCUUUCGCGCGCCCGUUCUUUCUUGGGCCUGCUACGCACGUUAUCCCCACUGUAAACACAGUUUGGGAGGAAGUUGACAAAAAAAAAAUUAAUGGACACACCUGGGACUCGAACUCGGAACCUCCCGUAACUACUGACCCUGCUUAUCCUUCAUCGUUCCUAACUGGCCAUAGAAAAUUCACGAAGCCCUUCGACAAAGGUCACAGCGUAUCUUUAGGGUCGUUUCUAGUCGCGCCAGCAAAUCUGCAUUCUUUCAGACCAAUAGACCCUUCCAUUGCUUUUUCAACGUUUGACCAGGACGAGAUAGCAAAAAUCCGUCCACGCAGCGGGAAAGAACGUGUGUAAAUUAGUAAAGUUGCUAAGUUUGAAUGAGAUUUGUUAAAAACUAACGAACAGACGUUUGUAUACGUGCGUUCGGGGUUCGAGGUUCGGGCCAACUUGACUACAACCUUUUGUAAAUACAGAUUCAGACUGCUUUGCUGAAAUAAGGAGUUGACCAUUUGACUUUUGAGAGGUUGGGAUAUGGGUGAUUUGGUUUGGGUGAGAACUGUUCAUCCCCACACCUCUAGAGAUAAAUUAGCUUGUGAGCAAGCUCUUUAUAGAUUUUUCCUCGACAUAUGACGGUGAAAGANCAUUGCUUUUUUAACGGUUGACCAGGACGAGAAAACAAAAAACCGUCCCCGCAGCGGGAAAAAAAGGUUGUAAAUUAAUAAAAUUGGUUAGUUUGAAUGGGAUUUGUUAAAAACUAACGAACAAACGUUUUUUUACCUGCCCCCCCCCCCCCCGACCGAAACCCUUUGGACGCAUCACCUUUAAACUUGGGAAGUCACCAUAUUUCAAGGCCCUCUUUCAAGUAGUUUCGGUGGAUAUUCGUUUACUGCUUUUUAUCCAAAAAGUUGAAAAUGGAAAGGUCUAUUAAUUGUGGAGUUCUCCCUCACUCUUAGUUUACGACGAGGCAAGUAGUGUUUGAGUUGACCUGUACUCUACCAAUCUUACACCCUUCCACCCCCGCGAACGUCAACUCCAUCCAGUCCUCACUGGAUUUCAAAAACGGAAACACCGACUUCGAGGAAAAUGAAAAUCCGGCGCAGCAGAUGCCCCACAAACCACAGCUUCAUCUACGGGGAAUCAUGAAGUACAUAAGCUCAUGGAAUAAAGUGAUCUACAUUUGCUCUCCAUUG